CAUGGCGAGCGGUAAUGAAGACAGCGGUGCUCCUCACAUCCAAACGAAAUUCAUCACAAAACAGGAGAAGUAUGCAGUACCGGAUGCACCGUUCUCUGUACCGAUUACUGUCGGGCAUCGGGAGUUGAACAGCUUGAUCAACAACCUGCGAAGUGAAGCGGAUGAAUCGUCACUGGAAGUGGAGUUCGACUUCCUCAUUCAUGGAGAAUUCUUGCGCCAGUCGGUCAGCGAGUUUCUCAGCGAGAGAGGCAUAUCUGCUGAGACAGUGGUUGAUAUUGAAUAUGUCGAAAAGUCUUCCCCUCCGGAACCUGAAGAUAGCCUCAUGCAUGAUGACUGGGUGUCAGCUGUCCAGGCAUCCCCAUCUCUCAUCCUGUCUGGCUGUUAUGACUCUACACUUCAUCUAUGGACCACCGCUGGAGAACACAAGCUGACCAUACCAGGUCACACAGAGCCAGUGAAGGAUGUCUGCUGGAUCAGCCAUGAAAAUGACCUUUCAACAUUUGCUAGCUGCAGCAUGGAUCAGUCUGCUCUGCUUUGGAAGUACAGCCAUGCUGGGAACAGCAUCCAGUGUGUGACUGUUUUCCAAGGACACUCCAAGAGUGUAGACUGUGUGGCUGGACAGGAUCCAGGUGUUCUCUUAGCUACUGGCUCAUGGGACUCAAACAUCCAUGUCUGGAACACAGCUUCUGUGGGGGAAGAGUCCCAAGAGCAACAGGUCAAGAAGAAAAGAAAAACUAUUGGAAAAGCCCCAGUCUGUACCCCUGCCCUGACGCUUUCUGACCACAAGCAAGGGGUGUCAUCACUCUCAUGGUUAUCUCCAUCAGAGCUGGCAUCAGCAUCAUGGGAUCAUACAAUCAAGAUUUGGGAUGUAGAGCUUGGAGGCAUGAAGAGCCAGUUGGCAGGUAACAAAGCAUUUUUCAGCAUAUCGGUUUCAAAGGUGCACCAUACCCUGCUGGCUGCAUCAGCAGAUCAUUAUGUCAAGUUGUAUGACCCAAGGUCAAGUGAAGGUAGCAUAGUGAAAAACAUGUACUCCUCCCACAAGGGCUGGGUGACAGAUGUCUGCUGGAGCACUACAAGGGAGCAUGAGUUUGUUUCUUCAGGUCAAGACAUGAUGGUGAAGCACUGGGAUGCCAGGGGAACAAAGGCACCACUGUAUGACCUGCAGGGUCACACAGACAAGGUCCUGUGCUGUGACUGGUCAAGCCCUGAAAGGAUUGUUAGUGGUGGUGCAGAUAAUGCUGUGAAGGUGUUCUCCAUUCACUAAUACAUGGAAUCAAGGA